AUGCUGUUCAACGACGGCAUCUCCACCGGUGACAUCGCUCGAAGACUUCUUCUUCCGAGAGCAACUGUCUAUCGAGUUGUGCAACAAUUGAAAGAUCGAGGACAUGUGUUGGAGCUUAAGAAAAGCGGAAGACCUCGUACUGUCAACACUCGCCGGACUCGUGGCAUCAUCAAGAAGAGAAUCACACGAAAUGAUGCGGUCAGCAUGAACCAAAUGGCUUCAUCGCUCGGAAUCUCAAGACAAUCGGUUCAAUCCAUUGUGAAAAAGGACUUGGGUCUGAACAGUUAUCGGCUCCUUCGUGGCCAAUACCUCACAGAACAGUCCAAGAAGAAUCGGCUCGAAAAAGCGAAAAAGUUGCUCGACGCACUCAAGGUGCGCCGCCUCUCUGAAAUCAUUUGGACUGAUGAGAAAAUUUUUACGGUUGAGCCGCUUCCGAACCGACAGAAUGCUCGGCAAUUGUUGUCAAAGGACGAAGCAAAGUCCCCAAAACGUCGUCUGGCCUACAAGAGACUUUUUCCAAAGUCAGUGAUGGUGUGGGCUGGAUUGACGUCGGAAGAUUCAAGACUUUGGAAUUUCUGA